UUGUGCUGUUCGAUUCUUUGUCCUUUCAAAGUACUCUGAGAGGAAAGAACAAUUCCUUUGAACACGUGAAAAAAGGCUGUGAAGCAGAGUGAAUAUAACUUAUUUGUUAUUUCAAGUAGGACUGAAAAAUUCUCCAAAUGGCAAAUAUUUUGGCUACCAUAAUCGCCAUUGCAGCUGUCGUGGCAGCAUAUUUUUACUACAGACACGUAAGAAGCCAUGAUGGUCGUAUUGUUGCAGUCUUGGAGGGUCUGAAGUCUUUGGAAAGAGAAAAUCCAGUGCACGGAAAACCUAAAGUAGCAACUAGUUUUGAAGCUAACGUGGAUUAUUUUGUAGAUUCUCUGGAGUUGUUUGAAGCGUUGAACCUUGAACCGCCCGAGCAAGCCAAACCUCACGACAUUUUGCGGACUGAGAAAGAAUUUUUGGAAACAUUUGCGUUCUUCUUCAAUCAUAGCGCAGCAUCAUCCCGUUACAUGACCGACAAAGAUCUUUUUCGGAAGUUAGUCCUCAAAUCCCAGGAAAUUGAAGGAACUCGUAAACUAAUUGGUGGCAGUGGAUUACAAAUUGGUAAACGCCUUGCCUUUGAAGGAUGUCAUGUUCUUUCAGCUGCUGAUUCAAGUUCAGAAUUACUGGAGAUAUUGCCAGAGAAUUUAACAGCAGUGGGGAACAUUGUAGAGGUUGAUGAUGUCCACUUGUUGUUGGAAUAUCCUGCACAUUUUCCUUGGGGAAAGUAUGAGUCCCAAAGAGCCAACAGACUAGUUUUACACAGCGAUGAACACAAUCCAUAUCUGAAGUCAAUGGAAAAAUUUCAGGAGAAAGUAAAAGACUUUUCACCGGCAGUUAUGGUUGUAUCAGGACUCCAUAUGUUAGAUAAUUUUCCUGGCUUUAACCCUGGGGACAGUGGUGAAAUAUUGAAAAAACUAUCGUCUUUUCUUGACACAUUGAAAGUUCCAAUUCACUUUGAGAUGGCCCCAUUCCAUCAAGAAACGUUCUUUGAUGAACUUUUGCAGUAUGUUGUUCCUUAUUCAAGAAGUAUGGGUAUGAAUGAACAGGAACUGCCUAACUUGUGGAGCAAGCUGCUCUAUGGAAACAUAACAGUUGUUUCAAGUCAGAAACCAAGGGUUGCAAAAGUACUGGAUCUCAUGAGAGAUGUGUACAAGACCUCAAAAAAGGAUUAUGGAAAAAGAAGGAAGAGACCACUGACAAGACUUCAUGUCCACACAUUGGCAUUUCAAGCAAUUCUAACCAGGAAAGGAUCAAACUGGAAACACACCAAGGCAGCUGCAGCAAAGGCCUCUUUGACAGCAACACGUCAUGUGUGUGGCUCAGAAGAAAUUGAUCCUGACAAAUCUAAAUUGUUUAUGGAUGAGUCAUUUUCUAAAAGUAUAGUUCCAGGCAGUCCAAAAGUUGAAUUCAAUGCCAAUUUGCCUGUUUCUUGUUGGGAUGAAGAUGAUUAUGAAAUAUGUGUUGCUCCAGUGUUAGUUUGUACCCAAGUAUUGCAGACAGGAGGUGGCGGAGACCAUAUUACUGCUGGUGGCCUGGUACUACAGAUUUAGACCAGGGACAAUUUGUGUUAUAAAUUUUUAAUUUUUAACAGGGUUUUCAGUUGAACUCAGUUAUUGGAACUGUACCACCACUCAUAAGGCUUUAAUUACUGCUGCCUGUGGAUUUUAUGUGCAAUUUUUGUUGUAGAGAACUUAAAUUACAAAUCCAUCUCCUCUACUAACAGUAGGCACUCGUGAAGGCAGUUCAUGAAACCCUUUCUUUAAUUCAUUGGGCAUAAUUGUAAAACACAGAUAUGAACUUGAAAGCACCUUGACAUGCAGUCGUAACAUGUACAUAUUAGCAACCAUAAAAUUCUGAGGCAAAUGCUCAGAUAAUAGUAAUCUCCUUCAUAGUCAUUUGUUGGGAUGUCAAUCAACAGCCCUCUUAUCACUAGAAGAGAGAAGAAAUAUUUUCACCAUAUGCUUAAUGAAUGUUCUAAUUUGUUUGAAAUGAAUGGUGAUAUUCAAAUUCUGUUGAGAUCAAAUCACUGAAUAGAUAAAGUAAUGAACUCAAGUCUUGCAUAAUGAAUGAGUAAGUUGUUUUGCAGUUCAAAAAUGGCAUAUUUCUGAAAUGGGUUGAUCAGCAAUAAGUGUGAUGAGUGUAACUUUUUUUAUCUGAUCAGACCAAAGAUAUAUGGAAUGCAAGGGUGGUUUUUUCUAAGGUUAACUAACAGGAGUGAAAUCCACAUUCAUCUCUGGCCAUAUGGCCCAUUAAUUAAUUAAUUUAUUUAUUUUUCAUGGUGAACCCCAUCAUUAAAAAGUAUUGUUGGACAGCAAUUAGAACGUUUCAAUGCAAGUGUAAGACACAAAAGUAAUUUAAGAGCUCACCCCAUCACAUCAAUAUUUUAAAUAAUACUGAAUAAAGAGAUAUUCAACAGCUAUUCAUUGAAGUGGAGGUGGCUAGUGGUGGAUAUUUACUAAGCAGUGAAGAGGCAAGGUGUAUUGCAAAUAUCCACCACUGGUCUUAAUAUAGCACAAACAUAUGAUUUUAACUCAUUUAUUCCUGCAAUGGUUACACUACUUUUUGACGCAAAUCCUGUUUGCCAAUACUGGGAGGUAAAUAGCAAAGGAUAUUUGGAACAUGAGUAGCCAAUCAGAGCAUGCUUUCUAUACUAUCUGUUAGUUUGGUAUAUAAUGAAUCAUUUUUAUUCAGACAAAUAGCUUUUUUAAAACAAUUAUGAGGUCCUAUGAAAUUAAAACAUACACUGUAAAUUUAGAGUGUGAAAAAAACUUUGUAGCUAUAUGGAUAUUUCAACAUUUUAAGAAAAGUUUGGAAAUGGCGAAGAUCUUGAGUAACCAUAGGUCUAGUUUGAGUGUUAAGUCUAUCGCCCUUUAUUUAGAUGCCAACAACAAAAGUUUAGUGGCUUAUGACCUAAACAAACUUUCUGUCAUGACUUGCUUAAGAGGCAAAUAUUAAAAAUGUUGCUUUAGUGACA